AUGACUGCUGGCUCCAACGGGACUUCAGUUGCUAUCCAAACAUCCGCAGCUCCCGUGGCGACACCUCAGCAGUUGUCUGCGUAUGCUGGAAGUUCAUUUCUGGUGAGGUUUUCACCUUGA